UUCAAAGUCCCUAACUCUGAAGAGGGAACAAGGAGAGCACUCACCCUGAAGGAUAUUUUAAAUGGGACAUUCUCUUAUAAAACAUAUUUUCCAAACUGGAUUUCAGGGCAAGAAUAUCUUCAUCAGUCUUCAGAUAAUAACAUAGUACUUUAUAAUAUUGAAACAGGAGAAUCAUAUGUCCUGUUGAGUAACAUCACCAUGAAAAAUGUGAAUGCUUCAAAUUAUGGCUUAUCACCUGAUCGGCAAUUUGUAUAUCUAGAAAGCGACUACUCAAAGCUUUGGCGAUACUCUUACACAGCAACAUAUCAUAUCUACGACCUCAGGAAAAGAGAAUUUAUAAUUGGAUAUGCGCUUCCUCGUCCAAUUCAGUAUUUAUGCUGGUCGCCUGUUGGGAGUAAAUUGGCAUAUGUCUAUCAAUACAAUAUCUAUUUGAAACAAAGACCAGGAGAUCUUCCUUUUCAAAUAACGUAUAAUGGAAGAGAAAAUAAAAUAUUUAAUGGAAUCCCAGAUUGGGUUUAUGAAGAGGAAAUGCUUGCUACAAAAUAUGCUAUCUGGUGGUCUCCUAAUGGAAAAUUUUUGGCAUAUGCAGAAUUUAAUGACUCAGAUAUACCAGUUAUUGCCUAUUCCUAUUAUGGUGAUGAGCAGUAUCCUAGAACAAUAAAUAUUCCAUACCCAAAGGCUGGAGCUAAGAAUCCUACUGUUCGGAUAUUUAUUAUUGAUACCACUUACCCUCAGCAUGUGGGUCCCAUAGAAGUGCCAGUUCCAGCAAUGAUAGCCUCAAGUGAUUAUUAUUUCAGUUGGCUCACAUGGGUUACUGAUGAACGAAUAUGUUUGCAGUGGCUAAAAAGAGUACAGAAUGUCUCAGUCAUGUCUAUCUGUGAUUUCAGGGAAGACUGGCAUACGUGGGAUUGCCCAAAGGCCCAGGAGCAUAUAGAAGAAAGCAGAACUGGAUGGGCUGGUGGAUUCUUUGUUUCAACACCAGUUUUUAGCUAUGAUGCCAUUUCAUACUACAAAAUAUUUAGCGACAAGGAUGGCUACAAACAUAUUCACUAUAUCAAAGACACUGUGGAAAAUGCUAUUCAAAUUACAAGUGGCAAGUGGGAGGCCAUAAAUAUAUUCAGAGUAACACAGGAUUCACUAUUACCUAUUAUAGCUACUAGUUAUCGAGGAAUUACUGUGUAUGGAUACUGGAAAGUAGAAAUGAUUGUCCCAAAUUUAGAGAAGGGAAAAUUGAUUUUCAGACCAUUAAUUAAGUUGGCUAAAGCCCUCUUAGUGGCAAAAAAGGAUUCAGAGGCCCAGAGUUCAGCCUCUAGGAGGGAAGGGCGUGCUGAGCAUGCUGUGUGCCAGACCUGGUGUCAGCAUGAGAAGCCCAGGAGCCUCCACUCAGCUAGUAACUUGGAGCCGGACCACCCUCCCUGCUCCAAUCCUCGUUCUCCCUCCCAGAAGCCUCCCAGCCAGGAACCUUAA